AUGUGGUCGGCGAACAGUGCAAUUCAGAUUUAUUGGGAAGAUUUAGAGCAUCAUGUUUUGGGCAUUUCACUGAUUGGAGGCCUAUUGCACCAGAUUGUAUCGAGGCAGAUUGUGUCAGAAGAAAAUGAGAUGUGCUUCUUUCUGUGCGGAGCACGAGUCAGAUUUUCCCCUACGGACUACGCAUUAGUGACUGGGCUCAAUUUCGGGGGAUCGAGGUUCGAUGCGACAUUACAGCACGACUGCAGUCGCGUGGAGGCAUACCGACGAUUCUGCGGUGCGCGAAGCAUGACCAUACAGUCGCUCAUCAAACGCGUGUGCGAUUUGGAUCGUCGAGUGGAUGAUGAGGAUGGGAGCCUGUACCUUCGUGCUGUCCUCGUGUGUGUGGCUCACACCCUUGUUCUUGGGUUGGAUGCGCGGGUACAGCCGUGGCUUUGGGUGUUGGUGGAUGAUCUGGCUGCAUUUGAUAGAUUCCCCUGGGGCGCGUAUUCGUAUAAGAUGUUAUGCCAUUAUACGAGAGAGACAGGAAAGGGCGAGAAGUAUCACUUCUACGGUCCUUCGUGGGCUUUAUAUGUCUGGGCAUUGGAGCGCGUCCCGGGCUUCGGACACAUGGUCGCAGCAUCUAGCGGUGAUCCGACAGCGCACCCUCGGUGUUUGAGAUGGACUUUCAGGGGUAAGCCGAAGCUUCACGGUCUGCGCGAUCUAUUCGAGGGACAGGGUGGUGUCAUGCCCCUGGACCCCGAUGCUGACGAUCUGUCGAGUCACUACUUCAUAUCAGCGCUGACACCGGGCGAACUCUCGGUGAGCUUCAGGCCCCCCGACAACCCAUUAGCUCGGGGUGUCCAAUUUCCACAGGGCACCGGAGCCCGUGUUGUGGAGGAACGCGGGGACGAGGAGGAUGUACCUAGACAGCCUCGUACGACUCGCAGUCACAGUGUCCGGGGCCCUGUGAGGGAUGCUCGACAGCACGAGCCGGCUCGUCAUUCAGUAGAUCCGGGCUCGCGCCCUGUGAGGGAUGCUCGACCCCACGAGCCGGCUCGUCAUUCAGUAGAUCCGGGCAAGCGCCCAGCGCCGCAUACUUCUUCAUCGUCGAGCGGAUCUCGGACUGUAUCCAGUCCCAGCGAGGGUGAGGUGGAUCGUAAGUGGGUGAAGAAGACGAUCCGUCAGGAGAUUAAGAAGGCCUUCGGCAAAUUCGUGGAGAAACUGAAGAGCAAGGGUAAAAAGGAUAGGUGCAAGAAGAGCAAACAUUUCCGAGUGCCCGACUCCCCUGAUGAUGAUGACCAGCGACGGUCCCCUGAUCCUCCACAGCCACGGUCUCCUCCACAGCGACGGUCUCCUCCACCCAGUGCUUCAGGGCCCGACGCUUCAGGGCCAAGCGUUUCACGUUACUGCGACAACGACCCCCGCGGUGAGGAACCACGCCAUCCAGAGACCCAGGAUUACGACGAGCAGUGGCGGGCCAUGAAUCAGUCUGUUCAGGGCGACUACACACCGGCGGAGCAGACUUUUGACUGGUCGACCCAGGUCUACCCUCAUUGGUCUUCCCCAUUCCUGAAGCCGCAGUAUAGAACAGAGACCCCGAUAUUCUUUGCUGAACCGCUCACUUCUAUUGCACCACAUGAGUGGGGACAGUCCAGUUCGACAGGACAGGCUCAGACGGAGGAGCCUGAGCCACAGGCAGAGCCUUCACAGGUACUGCUGCUGCAGCACCUAGAGCAGCCGCCGGCAGAGCAGCCGCCAGCAGAGCAGCCGCCGGCAGAGCAGCCGCCAGCAGAGCCCCCGCGUCGCAGUGAGAGGGUGAGGCGUCCGUCUAACUAUCAGCGAUCGCCUUGGGUUAAUAGCCAAAUGCCACGUCCAGUGACACAAGUCUGCAGUGACCAUUAUGAGAAGUGGAUGGCUAGGUGUCGAGAGGGUAGGGGUCGUGAGAUUUAUGUCAAGGCAAGUGGUGGUUUGCGGGAGUACGACGACUUCGCGCGGGUGGAUAAUGUCAGCCAGCAAUUCACAACUGGGGAUAUUGACUUGUAUUUCUUAAGCUUGAGAAAUAGACUUCGAGCUUCAGCAGAUUUACUGGAUGACGUAGAUAUGAAUAACACAAUCAUAUUAGACACGGAUUGGUUUAUAUACCUCCAGGGCGAGUGGGACGCUCUAUUGGAGAAGUGGGCAGCCAGUGAGUUUACUCCAGAGGAGUAUCAUAUAUUGACGCAUGGAGCAAUAGCUGAUGCCGUUAAGGGCCAAGAACUUCCUCCUGGUCAUAUAGGAUGGAUGGAUGCCACACAGGUUCUCAUGCCAGUCAUAAUUGGCCACCAUUUUGUCCUAUGUCGGAUUCGGUUAGGAGAAUUGGUUUGCGAGGUCUAUGACCCAGUAUUCCACAAGCUAUCACCUCGACAGCAGGAUGGUCGAGUUGGUGAACUACUGCCUUUACUGAGAUUGUUGCCAAUUGUCCUUCAGUUGGCGAGGUGGAUAGACGACACAUCCAUUGAUUCGACAGUGGCAAAGGAGAAGUACCCACUUAUGACGGCGGUGUUUGCUCCAGCGGAGGUUCAGUUUCACCAGCAGGACUCUGUCAGCUGCGGGCCUUUCGUCUGCAUGUAUGCAGAACGACUGAUAUCUGGCUCUCCAUCCAUUGAGUGGGGUAACCACAACGUGGCGGCAUACAGGGCCAAGAUUGCUAGAUCUAUAUUUUCGUUGUGUGAAACUAGGACACAUCGUAUCACUAGACUUGGUUUUGCAUAG